AGGUCGCGCGUUCCUCUGUUCACUGGGCCGCGGGCCGGGCAGCGGUGCAGGUGCCGUGGGCUCCCGGCCUCCUGGGCAAGAGUGCCCUGUCCCCUUGCCCUGCUCUACGUGCCCCUCACCCACCUGCCACCUCUACGUGUGCCCUUCCUGCCACUGCACUCACCGUCGGCCUCCUCAGCGUGGUCACGGCCACUGCAUCCCAGACCACGGCCCCUUCACAGCCCCCAUGUCCCCGCUGCCCCUCCCCACUGGCCUCUCACGUGCCCUCCAGCCCUGGCCGGCUGUCUGUUAUCCACACCCUACCUGCUCCCCCAGAGGUUGGGGGAGCCCAGAGCAUGCAGUGUUGUUAAGCCCUCGCGGCUUACAGAGCAGGGGCCUGUUUUCUUCAGUGAAGCUUGUUUGUUGCCCAUUCGUUUACAUGUGGCCCAGGGCUGCCAGCAGCUACAACAGCAGAGACCCACCUCCAAAUCCUAAAAGCUGAAGUGUGGCCCCUCGCAGAGAGGCCCUGCCUCUGGUGAGGAAGACUCAGGCCCCGUGGUGAGCCCCGCGGGCGCCGUCCAGCAGUGGGCAGGCGUGGACCACUGAUGCUGCUCAGCCUGGGCGAGCACAGAGCUCCCGCGGGGUGAGAGGAGCACGUGUGUGUUCUGUUCGUCCCAGGUGCCCGGAGGUCCCUUUGGAGACAGAAAGCAGACGUGGGGACUGGUCUCAGGAGGACACAGAGGGCUUUGGGGGUGAUGGAAAUGUUCUAAAACCAGGUGCUGGUGCUGGUUGUACAACUGAAGCUUACACUUAAGGUGAACUGUGCACUUAAGAUAGUUGGAUUUUUACCUCAUAAAGUAGACCCAGCUCGAAAACUUGAGUUACACUUUGAUUAAAAAAAAAAAAAAUACACUUAAAAAAACGUCCUAGGAUCAGGGGUCAGGUGUCCCUGCAUGGCGCGGGCAGGGUGCACCCGAGGUCUCAGGUGGAGGAAGCACUCAGAGCUUUGCUGGGAGUGGCGGGCACUGCUCUGCAUGCGAUAUAACAAUCACAGCCUGGUCGUCGGGACCAGAGGCGGGCGCCUGGUCCUGGCCUUCGCCCAGGGUUCACGCAGCACAGGGCAGCGUCUGCAGCGGUUCUGAGGCCUUGGUGUUCAUGGGCCUGUUCACGUGUGGCCUUGUGACGCAUGUCCCCGGCUCUGUGUAUGUCACGAGGGCUGGAAAGCAGAGUUGACCCCCUUGGGAGUUCAGAGGGCUCACUUUUAGCCUAAUAUAUCCUUCCUUCUUUCCAUCCACCCACCCACCAGCCCCCCGUCUGUCCAUCUGUCCCUCCAUCCAUUUACCUGCCUGUCCACUGCCUUACCCAGCCAUCUACCCACCCAUCCCUCCAUCUGAGAACCAACAAACAUUUAUUGCACACCUACUCUGUCAGAUGCUGGGAGAACACAAGUGCGGGCCUGCGGGAGGACGUCUCGUCCAGGGGGGCAGCGUGGGUCACUGCUCUCGCAGGGAAGAAGGCUGAGCCCGUCACCUGGAGCUGGUGCUGGAGCACGUGGGCUGCAGAGCUGGAGAUGUUUUGCUCAAAAGCACUAAAUAGCCCCUUGGGCCCUUAGGUCUGUCUUGGGGCAUACAUAUGGUGCCAAUUAUAAGAGCCUUACCUGGACACUGGAACAGACUCCACAGAGCUGUGAGGCCCAGACACUGCCAAGUGCCCUGGAAGGGCAGGUGUUGGAGAGCUGGUCUCCCGAAACGCGCCUGGCCUGCUGGUGCCCCGUGGCUCCUUUUCACCCAUGGGCUUGCAUGGGGUGCAUGGUGGCAGUGAGGGCUGGGUUCUGGGACUUGAGACGCAGGGUCUGGGGAGUGUCCAGGGCUCUCCUGGGAGCUGACAGGAGGUGCUGGGGGCAGGAGGGGACCAGGAGCCUGUGUCCGCGUCCUGGUCCAAGGACCCUGGGACUGGCGUGGCUCCAUUGGUGCUAGUGCUGUGUGGUGAGAGAGGAGGGGCUGUGGCUCCUGAUGGCCUGGCGGUGUCAGGGUCCAGGGCUUGCUUGCCCAUUCCCUCGUUUGUCAGUAUGCCUUGAGUGCUGGCUCUGUGCCGGGUUUCAUCCUUGACGCUGGGGUGCAGAGACGAACGAGAGAUGAGGUCCCAUUCCAGCAGGAGGACAGAGGCCGUUUGUGAGGGCUGAGGUGCUGGGGGCAGGAUGGAUGGUUUGCCGGCUGCAGUUCUGAUGCUGGGGCUGAGAUGCAGCCUCACCGCCUGUGUGACCUGGAACAGGCCACUUAGAACUUGUGCCCAAGAUCUCCUGAGCUGCUAGGUGGGGAUUGUAACACCUCUCACCCGAGUAGUUUGUUUUGGGGACAGGACAGGCAUAUCACGUUAGAGCGGCUGGCCCCGAGGUCAGUAUUGAUGAUGCCUGUGGUUUGGGUGGAGAUGGUGUUCACGGUGAUGCUGGCUGAGCCCGUGGAGCCCUUGCUGGUGUUUGAGGUGAUGGAGAUGACGGCACCGGCUGAUGAACCCAGUUCUAAUGGCAGAGGGGGUGGUGACGGCCGUGAGGCUGGAGAUGGAUGGACGGGGACGCUGUGGUGCAGGUGCUGCCAGGAGGGACGGGAGGGGCACAGGAGCAUAGUGAACUGAAGUGCCCAGGGAUGGAGGGGCCGCGGGGGCAAGAUGAGGCCUCGGCAGCCUGUUGAAGCCGCCCCCCACUCUUUGCAGCAGGAGCGUCUUCAGCUGGACCGUCUGAAAACUCAGCUUUCAGACGCCAUCCAGAGCUAUGGAGUGGUGCAAAAGAGAAUUGCAGAAAAGUCCAGAGCACUGCUUCCCACAGCACAGAGGGUUGGCAAGCAGCAGAGUCCCCAGGCCCCAUUUGCUGAGCUGUCCGAGGACGAGAAGAUCUUUAACGGGGGUGACGGCGUGUGGCAGGCCCAGGGGCAGGCGCUGCUUCCAGAGAUCACCGAGGAGGACCUGGAGGCCAUCCGGCUGCGUGAGGAGGCCAUCCUGCAGAUCGAGAGUGACCUGUUGGAUGUGAACCAGAUCAUCAAGGACUUGGCCUCCAUGGUGUCAGAGCAAGGAGAGGCCAUCGGGUCCAGCAGCGGCAAGGCCGUGUGCCGGCGCAGCUCCAGCCCCGAGCCGGCCGUGGUGGCCCUGCUGCCCGGGCCGGGCUGUGCGCCCCUGCGGCCGGGCUCCCACUCACGCACCAAGACGCGGAAGCCCAACUUCAGCCCGCAGGAGACCGAGGUGCUGGUGCAGAGGGUGACGCGCCACUACCCGCUGCUGUUCGGGGCUCUGCGGGGCCCACCCGCCCGGAAGCACCGCGUGUGGAGCCGCAUCCUGCAGGCGGUGAACGCGCUGGGCUACUGCCGCCGCGACCUGGGCGACGUCAAGCACAAGUGGCGGGACCUGCGAGGGGUGGUGCGCAGGAAGCUGGCCGAGCGCCCCCGGGCCCCCGGCCCCGUCCUCACGCCCGUCGAGCGCAUGGUGGCUGAGACCUUCACGGCCCCCGGCCCCGCCGGCGAGGGCCAGCCCGCCGAGGCCCUGCCGACCGACGAGGACGAGGCCCCCGGCUGCCUAUGGCUACCCCUGCGGACGCUGGAUGGGCCGAGCCUGCCUGAAGCCGAUCCCCUGGACCCCCGAGGAGCCCUCCCUGCGUCCCCCUCCUCACCCUCCCCGCCCGCCUCCCCGGCCUCGGCACCCCCCGCGGCCACAUUCCCCGGGGCCUCCCGGCCCUCGCCGCCCUCCUCGGCAGCACCCCAGCCCCCCGGGAAGCCCACAGGGCCUGAGGCCUCGGACGUGGAACGGCGGCUGCUGGACUCGCAGCGGCAGCAGGGCGCCCUGCUCAGCUCCUGGUCCCAGCAGCAGAGUGCGCUGAUGGCCCAGCAGAACCUGCUGCUGCAGCGGCUGGCCGAGCAGAGCCAGCGGCUGGCCGACGGCGUCGAGGCCCUCAACCGGACCCUGGAGAGGCUGGUGCAGACCCUCCCGCCCCGGGGCGCCUCGCCCGCAGUCCCAGAUGGCUGCCCUGGGGGCGGAGCAGCCUGCAGGCCAGCUGGAGGCUCCCAGGGCAGCCCCCAAGGCAGCCACACAGGCCAGGAGGUCUUCUCGGGGAUGAUCCUGAAGGUGGAGGAGGAGAUCUAGGGUCCAGACCCCGUGGGCCGCGCGCAGAGCAGGGACUCCAGUCCUGCCCCUCUGAGGGGCAGAGAUGGGGCCUCGAUGGAGCCCGAGAGGAUGCGGGACUUAGCCUGUGGUUGCCCCUUCCGUCCUGCCAUUGUCCGUGGGCCUGUGACGCGAACGGAGGGCUGGGCUGAGGUCUACUCAGGGGUGACGCCGGUGGGCGGACCGAGCUCCCUCCGCUCCCAUCCCGUGCUCCGACCGUCGGGGCGAGUGCUGUGGAGUGCAGAACGGGGCGCCUCUCGGCGGGCAGUGGGUGAGCGGAGCUGCGGGAAGAAGCACGCAGAGCACAGCUCCCCCAAACCACUGCCUCGGGUGUGGGCCCUGGAGUGUGGCUCUGCUGGGCACCCAGAAAGCCCCCGCGUGUGCCCUGGAGUGACUCCUGGAAGCCCGCCUGCUGCGUGGGCGUACGGACUGAGGGGGCUGGGCCCCUGCAUCCUCUUGAUUCCGCCCGGAGGGGGCCACGCCCUGUGGGCCUGCGGUUACUUCUCUCAAGUUUAUGCCUGCGGUGUGGGGUGUAUAUAUGUAUGUGAACACAUGCUCGUUGGUACUGGAUGGGGUGGGAUGCCAUUUUAUACCUGUCGACUUUUCUUGGAAAAAGAUAUUUUUCUCAUAUAAGCAUAAAAUAACAACAAAAAAAGGCAGUGAUGAUAAGGAGGGUGAUGCUGACAGGAAGUGAGAUGGAGCCCGUCUGUCUGCGCCUGGGCUCUGCCU